UACGAUGCUCGACUUCACCUUCGCGCAGGAAUACUGGAUCAGACCACUGAGGAUUAUGAAAACCAGGACAUGAAGCUCAAACACAUCUAGAAAAAAAGAGAAACGAGUGCGUGCGUCUGGACGUCAGUCGUGGAGUCGAGGGUCAUGGCUGUCUGGGGCAGAGGUCCUCUCCGCUCCAUGCUGCUGUUCUUCUUCAUCUUCCUGCAGAACUCCUGUGACUCUUUAUUGGCUCCGAGGUUCACUAAGAUUCCCACGGAUCAGAUCGGUGUGUCCGGUGGAGUCGUGUCGUUCGUGUGUCAGGCCGCAGGCGACCCCAAGCCUCAGGUGUUCUGGAACAAAAAGGGCAAGAAAGUGAAUUCACAGAGGAUCGAGACCGUAGAGUUUGAUGAAGGGGCGGGAGCAGUGCUGCGUAUCCAGCCACUCAGAGCGCCGCGGGACGAAAACGUUUACGAAUGUGUCGCCAAAAACACUGAAGGUGAAAUCGCCGUGACCUCCAAACUGUCCAUCAUCAGAGAGGAUCUGCUGCCCUUCGGCUUCCCCAGCAUCGACAUGGGCCCGCAGCUGAAGGUGGUGGAGCGAACCCGGACCGCCACCAUGCUGUGCGCCGCCAGCGGGAUUCCCGAUCCCGAGAUCUCCUGGUUCAAGGACUUCCUGCCCGUGGAGCCGGCGCUCAGCCAAGGGCGGAUCAAGCAGCUGCGAUCAGGUGCGCUGCAGAUCGAGCGCAGCGAGGAGACCGAUCAGGGGAAGUACGAGUGCGUGGCGUCUAACUCUCAGGGCGUGCGCUACUCGUCCCCUGCUAACUUAUACGUGAGAGUUCGGCGCGUUCCCCCUCGCUUCACCAUCCCUCCCAUGAGCCACGAGAUCAUGCCGGGCGGGAGCGUGAACAUCACCUGCGUCGCGGUUGGCUCUCCGAUGCCCUACGUGAAGUGGAUGCUGAAUUCGGAGGACCUGACACCGGAGGAUGAGAUGCCCGUGGGACGAAACGUUCUGGAGCUGAACGGCGUGCGAGAGUCGGCCAACUACACCUGCGUCGCCAUGAGCAGCCUGGGAAUCAUCGAGUCCGUGGCGCAAGUCAUUGUUAAGUCUUUACCCAGAGCUCCUGGUACCCCCAUCGUCACGGAGACGACCCCUACCAGCGUCACCAUCACCUGGGACUCUGGUAACCCCGACCCUGUGUCGUAUUACAUCAUCCAGUACCGUGCCAAAUCCCCAGACAGCAAGUAUGAGACAGUGGACUCCAUCACCACGACCCGCUACAGCAUCGGUGGCCUGUACCCCAACACUGAGUACGAGAUCCGUGUGUCUGCCGUCAACACCAUCGGUCAGGGGCCGCCCAGCAACAGAGUGGAAGCUCGGACCGGAGAACAAGCACCCGCCAGCCCGCCGCGGAACAUCCAGGUUCACAUCAUAUCACAGAACGCAGUGAUGGUGCGCUGGGACGAACCAGAGGAGCCCAAUGGUUUGAUCAAAGGCUAUCGAGUUUAUUACACCAUGGAUCCUUCACAGCCAAUGAGCCACUGGCAGAUCCACAAUGUUCAGGACAGCAUGAUAACUACCAUCCACAGCCUUGUGCCAUCCGAGAUGUACACCAUCCGUGUGCUGGCGUUCACCUCUGUAGGAGAUGGACCCUUCUCUGACCCUGUCUACUUCAAAGUGAGACCUGGAGUUCCUGGGCAGCCAGGGAAGUUCAAGGUGGCUAGAGUGACCGACACCAGCGUCGAGUUGACCUGGGACCCUGCAUACUCCAAGGAGCCCGUGAAAGCCUACGAACUCAUCUACAAAGCUUCAGAGCUUGGCAUUCAGGAGAAGAGGAAUUUUGAGCCCAGAACCUCGUAUGUGGUGGAGGGUCUGCGUGCCAACACUGAAUACACCUUCUCUCUGGCUGCCGUUUCCAACAAAGGUAUCGGCGCGUUCACCAACGAGAUCAACCAACGCACGGCACAAGCAAUGCCCGGAGCUCCGCCCCGUCAGGUGGAAGUCCAGCCCAUCAACAGCACGUCUGUCAAAGUGUCGUGGCACUCAGUGUUGCCAGGGCAACGGAACCGCGGUUACCAGGUUCACUAUGCGCUCGUGGAGGACGGGGAGUCACAAGGCCUGCCGCGCAUCGAAGACAUGAUGCUGGACGAUAAGCAGAGGGACACGGAUGAGACGGCGCUAUACGAGCUGAUGCUGGAGGAUCUGCAGCCUGAGACGCUGUACUCCAUCAGUGUGGCAGCCUACACCAUUAAAGGUGAUGGAGCCCAGAGCAUCACUCAUCUGGUGCAGACGCCCGUCGCAUUACCUGCUCGCCCUGUUCUGUCAGUGCAGCUGGUUAAUGAGACGUCCGCUGCACUGAUCUGGACUCCCCAACGAUCCUCUAACCCUCUGCUGGAGAUCCUGGGCUUUCGUCUGACCUAUGGCCUUAAAAACGCCUCUCAGUCCGUGUCUCUGGAUUUCAGACCUGAGAAGCGCCAACACAACGUGACCGGCCUGCGUCCUGGAGGUGUUUAUUCAUUCCUCUUGGCCACUAGAGGGCUCACCUGGCUUCCUCCGAACGGCUCGGACGGGAACGCCAUUUUUACAGGAUACACGCUCUCGAAUGAGGGAGCAGGUGCUAGUGUUGAACCGCGGACACUGAUGGUGCCGGCAGAUGUGUCUAGCUACACCAUUCUAGGGCUGAAUCCUGACCGGGCGUACGCUGUGAGGAUAUCGGCUCAUAACAGCGCUGGGUCAGGCCCGUAUAGCCCACAGGUGCUGUACCGAACGACAGCCUUCGACACAGACGUGCCGAGGAAUUUCUCUGUGAAUCUGGCGACGAAGACGAGCGUGUUGCUGACGUGGGAGUUUCCGGAGAGCAGCGCCCCCUAUCGCUUCACUGUGGAGUACAACCGGCAGAAGAUGGAGGUGGACGCGCGUCUGAGGAAGGCUGUGAUCCCAAACCUGCAGCCGGACACCAGCUACGACUUCAAGAUCACCAGCCCCGAGGGGAACAUGGGUGGACUCAGACACCGCAUUCAUGCCAAGACAUCGCCUCCCAUCCUCAUCCGCCGGCCCGAGGUGGACCACACGCGGGAGACCGAAGCCACGGUCACCAUCAUACUGCCCUCGCUGGACCCCAGGAGCAGCGUCAGGAACAUUUAUGUGGUGGUGGUUCCUCUGAAGAGAGCCAGAGGAGUGAUCCGGCAUCUGAAGAGCCCAGACGAGAUGGACCUGGAGGAGCUGCUGAAGGACAUCAGUCAGAAGCAGCGAGACCCGCGUCAGCGUCAGGUGGACCUGAGGAGGGCGUACAUCACCGCCCGCUUCACACCCGCCUCCCUGCCGGCCUUCUUCACUCUCGGAGACCAGCUGGACUAUGGAGGCUUCGAGAACCGAGCGCUAGAAGCGGGUCAGGAGUACGUGUUCUUCAUCCUGGCAGAGCUCAACUCCACCACCGGGAAGAUGUUUGUGGCCAGUCCUUACACUGACCCGGUGAUCGCGCCGGACUCGGACCCUCAGCCUCUGGACGCGGGGGACGGUCUGAUCUGGGUGGUGGGACCCGUGCUGGCCGUGAUCUUCAUCAUCUGCAUCGUCAUCGCCAUCCUGCUCUACAAGAAUAAACCCGACAGCAAACGCAAGGACUCUGAGCCGGGCACCAAAUGUUUGCUGAAUAAUGCUGAGAUGAUGGCACACAACCCCACCGACCCUGUGGAGAUGAGACGCAUCAACUUCCAGACACCAGGUAUGAUGAGUCACCCGCCCAUCCCCAUCUGUGAGCUGCCCGAGCACACGGAGCGCCUGAAGGCCAACGACAACCUGCAUCUGUCUCAGGAGUACGAGUCGAUUGAUCCCGGGCAGCAGUUCACAUGGGAACACUCAAACCUGGAGGUGAACAAGCCGAAGAACCGCUAUGCUAACGUGAUUGCGUACGACCACACGCGUGUGAUCCUGGCUCCGACUGACGGUAUUAUGGGUAGUGACUACAUCAACGCCAACUACAUCGACGGUUACAGGAAGCAGAACGCGUAUAUCGCCACCCAGGGGCCGCUGCCGGAGACCUUCGGGGAUUUCUGGAGGAUGGUUUGGGAGCAGAGAGCCGCUUCAGUGGUCAUGAUGACCAAACUAGAGGAGAAAUCACGGAUCAAGUGUGAUCAGUACUGGCCCAAUCGGGGCACAGACUUGUUUGGGGCAGUUCAGGUCACUCUGCUGGACACCAUGGAGCUGGCCACAUUCUGUGUGAGAACCUUCUCUCUGCACAAGAGCGGCUGUAAUGAGAGGAGAGAGGUGCGGCAGUUCCAGUUCACCGCUUGGCCUGAUCACGGCGUUCCCGAAUAUCCCACUCCAUUCCUGGCCUUCCUCCGCAGGGUCAAAGCAUGUAACCCGCCGGACGCCGGCCCUAUCAUCGUCCACUGCAGUGCUGGAGUGGGCCGCACCGGCUGCUUCAUCGUGAUCGACGCCAUGCUGGAGCGCAUCCGUCACGAGCGGACGGUGGAUGUGUACGGGCUCAUGACCCUGAUGCGCUCGCAGAGGAACUACAUGGUGCAGACGGAGGAUCAGUACGGCUUCAUCCACGAGGCGCUGCUGGAGGCCGUGGCCUGCGGGAACACAGAGGUGGCGGCGCGCAGCCUGUUCUCGUACAUACAGAACCUGUCGCAGGUGGAGGCCGGAGAACACGUGACCGGCGUAGAGCUGGAGUUCAAGCGUCUGGCCAACAGUAAAGCACACACCUCCAGGUUCGUCAGCGCUAAUCUGCCCUGCAACAAGUUCAAGAACCGCCUGGUGAACAUAAUGCCCUACGAAACCACCCGCGUGUGUCUGCAGCCAAUCAGAGGCCUGGAAGGGUCCGACUACAUCAACGCCAGCUUCAUCGACGGAUACAGGCAGCAGAGGGCGUAUAUUGCGACGCAGGGGCCGCUAGCGGAGACCACUGAGGACUUCUGGCGCAUGCUGUGGGAACACAACUCCACCAUCGUGGUGAUGCUGACCAAACUGCGUGAGAUGGGACGGGAGAAGUGUCAUCAGUACUGGCCAGCUGAGCGCUCGGCACGCUAUCAGUACUUUGUAGUGGAUCCCAUGGCAGAAUACAACAUGCCACAGUACAUCCUGAGAGAGUUCAAAGUCACCGACGCCAGGGACGGACAGUCCAGAACCGUCAGACAGUUCCAGUUCACCGAUUGGCCAGAACAAGGAGUUCCAAAGUCAGGAGAGGGUUUCAUUGAUUUCAUUGGACAGGUGCAUAAAACCAAGGAGCAGUUCGGUCAGGACGGACCAAUCGCAGUCCACUGCAGUGCGGGUGUUGGGCGUACAGGUGUCUUCAUCACCCUCAGUAUUGUCCUGGAGCGGAUGCGUUACGAGGGCGCUGUGGACAUCUUCCAGACGGUCAAAAUGCUGCGCACCCAACGGCCAGCGAUGGUGCAAACUGAGGACGAGUAUCAGUUCUGCUAUCAAGCCGCUCUGGAGUACCUUGGAAGUUUUGAUCACUAUGCAACAUAAGAAGAACACCAACCUGUCCAACACCUUCCCCAUGUCUCAACAACCCCACAAACACCCGCAGAGGAACGACCACACGUCAAACACACGAACAGCGACGCAGGGCAGACGUUCUCUCAACGCAAACUAUUACCUCAGUGUUCAAAUAUUGAUAUUAAUGUUGUGGUCAGCUUUUUAGAAAUAUUAAACUCUGGACGAAGAUCUUCUUCAUAACAAAAGGAAAAUAUUACAUGUACAAAAUCUAUUUAAAGCUAAACAACAACAAAAAAAGAAACUUUGAAAUCAAAAGCCUGGAUAAUUGCUGCACCCUUCAGUGGGAGUUUCUUCGAACUGUCAGGCGUGAAUGAGCGAGAGCCCGUCUGUGCCUGCCAGAGUCAUCGUUGAUAUCCCGAGCGAACGCCGCAGAACGGAAGCAGAUCUCUUACCGUCUGUGCCUAACGGAGCGACCGCAGAACUGCAGCCAAUGCCGGACAUUAGCACACGUGAUAUCAUCUCUUUCCUGUCCUGAUCCUCGGGAGCUGUGCACGAGACGGACUGAACUCUGUGAAUACUGUAUUCGGUGUGUCUCUACAUGACUAUAUGCUGCUUACACCGUGUUUGGAGGCCGAGGGAGUUUUCGAGGCUUGAAUCUCGUAUCUGUAUCAUGUUCUUUUGCUCCUUUCUGCUGUGGCAUAAUGUACUCCGCUGUGUCUUUAUGGUGGGAUGACGGAAGAGCCUCGGUUCAUGGGUUUAUAGAUUAAUGAUUGGGCCGAUGCACUUCUAGAGGAAUCGCGAGUUCAUUCCCAAGUAUUUCCAGCUACGCAUUAAACGCUAGAGAGAUCCAGAUGGUUGCAUUUCCCCUCAAUCAUACGAUGAAACUCUUCCCGUCAUGUUUAGUUUAGCGCAGGCGUGAUGUUUAGGAGUAGCGCAGGAAGCGAGCCGGUUCUGAGAUCUCCACCUGAGACGUGAAGUGAGCCUUAUCGUUGUCGUCAAAUAUUUAACCGACCUGAUUUUUUUAUUUAGUUUGUUUAUAUUAUGCUUGAAUUUUUAAGGAUCUGUUUAUUUAUAUGAUUUUAUGGAAAUAUAAUUGGUGAGCUGUGGUGUAGUUGGCCAGCUAAUGUGACUGUACACGGCUCAGAUGUACAGUGUUGUGCUUCGUAACCCUCUCAGAUAUUUUGAUAUUUCCUGUGCACUGAUUGUUCUAGAGGAAGCUGACGGCCCGCGGCCCUCCGGAGC